UAUUUCCUCUAGUUUAAAACCUGUCUGAGGUUUUCACCUGGGAAAUAAGAUAAUGAUAGGCCCAAAGGGAAGUACAUAUUUGGAAAUGAUCCACUACUCAUGAGCCAAAAGAAUUCAACGACUGUCUUUUAUUCCACCCCUAUGACACAGCCGUGAAACAUUCCUCUGGAGGAGACAAUGCAUGUACGCGUUACCCAUUGACACUGGCUUGCAGCCUGUUGCUUUUCCGUCGGUUGUGCGUACGUCUUCACGAUAAUGGAUGAGCCGCACGCCUCUUCACACGGUGUGAUUUGAAAAACCGGACAGACUUCUUGUCUAUCCACAUCCAGUAAUACCUGAUUUCUGUGUACCAGCAUUAUCAAACACAAUUUGAGUAUUUAAAAAGUAGAAGCUGGGCAAAUUGCAUGCAAACAUUUGAGAGUAACUCAUAUAUCAGGCAAUGUUUCUUAUCUAUUUGUGCUAAAAGGGUCUGCUGAGCUGCACUGAGCCGCCGCCAGGGGGAGCGCUUCUAACUCGGGGGUAUAGCACACAGACUCAGUAGCAGUACCCGGUCUGACUACUGUCAAUAAAAAGAGGUCUGGUGAGCCUGCCACCGGCCACGUUUAGCUUUAGUGACAAGUGGCGGCCGCUGAGCGUGUACCAUCGUCGCUGUUCAGCUCGUAACGAAGCUACGGGUCAUCAGCCGCCUCGCUUUCAUUCUUCCCCUGCUUCCUUCGUCCCUUCCUUCCUUCCUUCCUGCCAGCCGCCGGUGAGCCCCGACUUGGAGCAGUGUCGGCUAGCCUAGCCUAGCUGUUGGAGGUUCGGGCUGUCCAGGAAGAGCUUACCAAGAUGAGGGUGAAAGUGGGCUUCCUACUACGGAGUUUGCUCAUCGUUGGGACGUUUCUGGGUUUGGUGGUGCUCUGGUCGUCUCUGUCGCCGAAGCCCAGCGAUGAAAACCCGUUUGCGAAGAGGGAGGACUCGUUGUUGCCCAAAGGAGGCCCAGCAGAGCAUUUGAAGCCUGUGGUGCCCUGGCCUCAUGUGGAGGGUGUGGAGGUCGACCUCCAUUCGAUCCGACUCAAACAUGGGGAGGACAAGAAUCCCCAAGACCCCAACCAGCAACCCAACCAGCAGGUGAUCCAGCAGCAGUAUGUGACAUUCAAACCACACACUCACGCUUACAAUGCCCCGGUCCUGAAGAAAGGCAUCCUAGGAAACUUUGAACCGAAGGAACCCGAACCUCACGGAGUCCCAGACGGUCCCGGAGAGGGAGCAAAGCCGUUUGUCCUGGGUCCAGAGUACAAAGACUCCGUCCAGGCUUCUAUCAAAGAGUUCGGCUUUAACAUGGUGGCAAGUGAUAUGAUUUCACUGGACAGAUCAAUCAGUGACAUACGCCAUGAAGAGUGCAAGUACUGGCAUUACGAUGACAGGCUGCUGACGUCCAGUGUGGUGAUAGUCUUUCAUAAUGAGGGUUGGUCUACACUCAUGAGAACCGUCCACAGUGUCAUCAAGAGGACUCCCAGGAGAUACCUGGCUGAGAUCGUCCUCAUCGAUGACUUCAGCAACAAAGUCCAUCUGAAGGAGCGCUUGGAGGAGUACAUCAAACAGUGGAAUGGCCUAGUAAAACUAUUCAGAAAUGAGAAGAGAGAAGGACUGAUACAAGCCAGGAGUAUUGGAGCCCAUAAGGCCACUAAGGGACAGGUGCUGAUCUACCUGGACGCUCAUUGUGAGGUAGCAGUCAACUGGUAUGCUCCACUGGUCGCUCCUAUUUCAAAAGACAGGACAGUAUGCACAGUGCCACUGAUAGACUAUAUAGAUGGUAAUGAGUACACUAUGGAGCCUCAGCAGGGCGGAGAUGAGGACGGCCUGGCUCGAGGAGCUUGGGAUUGGAGUCUGCUCUGGAAGAGAAUACCACUUAGCCAGACAGAAAAAUCCAAGAGAAAACAUGUCACCCAGCCUUACCGAUCUCCAGCCAUGGCAGGAGGUCUGUUUGCUAUAGAGAGAGACUUCUUCUUUGAGCUGGGUCUGUAUGACCCAGGACUACAGAUAUGGGGAGGAGAAAAUUUUGAAAUAUCAUACAAGAUCUGGCAGUGCGGCGGCCAGCUGCUCUUUGUGCCGUGUUCUCGAGUUGGCCACAUCUACAGACUUCACGGUUGGCAAGGCAACCCUCCUCCAGCACAUGUUGGGUCCUCACCCACUCUGAAGAAUUAUGUUCGUGUGGUGGAGGUUUGGUGGGAUGACUAUAAGGACUAUUUCUAUGCCAGCCGCCCUGAAACACUCACUCUAGCCUACGGAGACAUAAGUGAUCUUAAACGCUUCAGGGAGGAACAUCGAUGUAAAAGCUUCAAAUGGUUCAUGGAGGAAAUAGCAUAUGACAUCCCAGUGCACUACCCUCUUCCUCCUAAAAAUGUAGAAUGGGGGGAGGUUCGGGGCUUUGAGACGAGUUACUGUAUUGACAGUAUGGGACACACGAAUGGAGGCAACGUAGAGAUCGGCCCAUGCCACAGGAUGGGGGGCAACCAGCUGUUCCGAAUCAAUGAAGCCAACCAGCUGAUGCAGUAUGAUCAAUGCCUGACCAGAGGAAGUGAUAAUUCAGCGGUCAUCAUCACACACUGUGAACAGAACCAGCACACUGAGUGGAAGUACUUCAAGGAUCUCCAUCGCUUCACUCAUGUUCCCACAGGGAAAUGUCUGGACCGAUCUGACCUGCUCCACAAAGUGUUCAUAUCAGACUGUGACAACAGUAAAACCACUCAGAAGUGGGAGAUGAACAACAUUGUGGCUGUAUGAAGAAAGAGAGAAAACCACUGGGAGCUAGGAGAGAAACUGAUGAUUGUGUGGGAACAAACACUCCAAGAAGAAGAAGAAAAAAAGAAACAUUCAUCGAGUGAUGGAUUCUUCCUUUUAAGUUUACGAGAAAAAAUAAUGUUUUUGAUAUGAGCCAGUGUACGUUCAACUCCAGCACAAGUGAGUUGGGCCAGGUUAUUUUCAGCCAAAACAUGCCUUUGCAGAUGUUGUCCUGGGUUCAUCAGCCACACUGAACACUCCAAACGGCAAAAGUACUUGUCAGCAUAGAGACUGAAGCUACUGUUAACGGCUGAACAAACAUUGAACUGGAGAAAUUUUGGGGUCUGUCUUUGUUCUUUAAGGUGGUUGUGUUUACAUUGCGUCUUUCUGUUUUUGGGGCUCUCAGGUCUUUCUGAAACCACUACGUUGUUUUUUUUAAGUUAACCACAUCAACUCUAUUUUAAAGUCGUGAUCAGUUUGGACAUUUUUAAUAAGUCCUUUUAAUUGGGGAAAGAUAUAAGUGUGUUUUACGUGAAGCAAAUCUGUUCAAUAAGAAGGCAAAGUUUUAGAAUCAUUGACUUGGUGGCGCUAUGCUGAUGUUCACAAAGUCCCGGCUUUGUGUUCUGUAUGUAGACAAUCACAUGCCCAUGAAAAACAAGCAAAACAAACUACUAGAAGCAUUUUUUCUGCUUGGUCAUAUUUUCAUUUUCCUUCCAAACUACAUAAAUUAUGUUGUGUGGCCAAAGCACAGGGUUGUGUACAUGCUGAACAGAGAGAAAAGAUUACAAUGAUUUUUUUUGUUUAGUUUUUUCUGUAAAAGACUGUUUAGUGUCCCCUGUUAGAGACGUGCUUGUAGUCUUAUACAACAAGCAAAGAAGUCUGAGUUUUGUUAAUGAGAAACAGAAUUUUAUUGACCACAUAAUUUACACCUUCCUUGAUUUAUUUGUUUUUAUUUUCAUGCUUUCCAUGAACUCUUUCCAUUUACUGGCACUGAGAUGCUUUCUAGGACUUAUGGACCGCCUGCCUUACCGACGGUCCUGAAGAGUAAACCAGUAGCUGACCAGUUUACUGUGACUCAGUAACAGCCUGUCUGACAAUGUGGUGGGGGGUGGGGGGGCGGUGGCGAGUAUGUAUGCAAUGUUUUGUACAAUGUAAAUAGAAUUCUUUCUACUGAUGAUCAUGAUGCAUUUUGUGAAGGGCCUUGAAUGAUGUUGUAAAUAUCUAACUUAUAGCAGAGAUUUAAUAAUAUGGACUGGCAGGGGGUGAUUGAAGAAAUAAAAGAGCAAACUUUUUCGCUA